UCCAGAAACAGAACAUUUCAGUUUUUGGUCGUUUCAUUGUGGGUACUACCAGUCGUAUCGUGAAUAUUUCUUCUCAAAAUGAACAAGAAGAGUAAUAUAUCGUGGAUAAAGCCGGCUGAGCCAUCCUUUCUGAAAAAGUUUAAGCAAGAUGUUGGGUACAAAGAAGGACCAACAGUCGAUACAAAGAGACAAGUAAUGCCACCAUGCGAUGACGACAGUGAUGACAGCGACCGAGAGGAUGAAAUGCCUCAAGUGGUUGUCUUAAAGAAAGGUGACUUAUCUGCUGAAGAGGUUGUGAAGAUUAAAAAAGAAUCCCAGAGUUCCAAAAAAGCAGAUGACGAAGCUCCAGCUGAUGGAAAGAUAAUAUUCAAGAAACCAGCAAAGCGGUCUUCUGACAAAUUCCAGGGUAUCGGUGCCAGCUCCAACAAGAAGAAAAAGAAUGAGGAAGAGGAGAAGAAGGAGACAAAAGCUGGGGUGAAAGUAAAGAACAGCAGCCUGCUGUCUUUUGGGGACGAUGAAGAGGAGGAAGACUAAAACUCUUGUUGUCUGACUGUUGUGAUUGUUCGAGUUUCAGUCAUCGCUCAAACAGCAUUGCUCUCUUGCUUGUUUGAAUUAGCCUGUGUGUUAAAGACGUGUAACACUGUUCAUAAUUUAAGGUUCUAUCAUGAAUUUAUGUUUUAAUUGUUUUGAAUAUUAUUAGAACAGUAUUCAAAGCAAAGUACAAAGCCCAUGUUGACUGAUCCAGGACUGAGCACAUACAUUUUGUUAUCGAGUAUGUGCUUUUCAAAAUUUUUUUCACUCUAUCAUAUGCCAAGUGGCAAGAGUUGUCUUUUACAUACUGUGACUCAAAGCAAAGCAGCGUCCCACCCAAGUUUCAAUAAUCCACCCUAUCUCUCCUUUUCUUUGGCAUUUUUAUAAGUAUAUAAAACCAAUCACGCUGUUUUACAUUUUCCUGAGCCUUUGAUAAAACAUGAUAAAUUGAGUUACAGAUUUCAUUUACUUUGAUAACAUACAGAAAAAAGUUGAGUGGAGUACAUGGCAAGGAAAGUGACUUACAAACCAAGCUGCAUUUGUAUGGAUUGAUGGUGUGAUACUAGAUGUACAUACAUGUAUAGCUUCUAUGAAGGAGCUGUCUUAGGUUUUUUUUUUUCUUGUUAUCAUUGAUUCUUAAUCCCAGUGUUUGGGAUACAGCUAUUAACUAUGAGUAUACUUACAUUUACUGUCUGGCAUGGAGGUACCCUCUAUUUCACCCUGUGUACCUGAAUUUAUAUUACAUGUUGUUAUUGUAGGAAGAGAUUACAUGUUAAGGAUUAAAUUGUAAUGUGAUGGCUUUUCUUACAGAACCACUGAUUACACAAUAAAAGUAUGAAGAAACUUG